AUGCUUCCAUCUCAGAAUUCACAGGUCAACCCCUCCACCUUCAUCCUGCUGGGCAUUCCUGGCCUGGAGGCGGCCCAUGUCUGGAUCUCCAUCCCCUUCUGCGCCAUAUACAUCAUAGCCGUCUUGGGGAACUUCACCAUCCUCUUCAUUGUGAAGAUGGAGCCGAGCCUCCAUGUGCCCAUGUACUAUUUCCUCUGCAUGCUGGCCAUCAUUGACCCUGGCCUGUCAACAUCUACCCUGCCCAAAAUGCUGAGCAUUUUCUGGUUCAGUUCCAGGGAGAUCAAUUUCAGUGCCUGCCUCACCCAGAUGUACUUCAUUCACUGUGUCUCAGUGAUGGACUCUGGGAUCUUAGUGGCCAUGGCUUUGGAUCGCUACAUGGCUAUCUGUGAUCCCCUGAGACAUUCCACCAUCCUGACAAACCCUGUGGUGGCCAAGAUCGGCCUGGUUGUGGUGCUGCGUGGGGCCUUGCUUAUACUGCCCUAUCCCUUCCUGGCCAGACAGUGGCCAUAUUGCAGAACCAACAUCAUCCCCCACACAUACUGUGAGCACAUGGCCGUGGUUCAACUUGCUUGUACCGACAUCCGCAUCAGUAGUUACUAUGGCCUCUUUGUGAUAUUCUUGUUGACUGGUCUUGAUGUGUUUUCUAUUGCUGUAUCCUAUACCCAGAUUCUCAGGGCCAUCUUCAGCCUCCCCACAAAAGACGCCCGGCUCAAGACUUUUGGGACCUGCGGCUCACACCUCUGUGUCAUCUUAGCCUCUUACAUCCCAGGUCUCUUCUCCUUCCUCACACACCGGUUUGGUCACAAGGUGCCCCUGCACUUCCACAUUCUCAUGGCCAACAUGUACCUCCUGGUGCCCCCCAUGCUAAACCCUAUCAUCUACGGGGUGAGGACCAAACAGAUCCGGGACAGGCUGCUCAGGUUCUUUGCUCAUAAAGGGACCUAA